UCUAUGUAUACGAUAUCUAAAACGUUUAGGUUGAAAUUCCCAGCCGGAAAUUUGCUUGUAAAUAACUUCCUGCCAGACUCUGUGGCUCCGCCCCCCUGCAAACAAGCACGCUCGGUCCCGCCUUCCUUCCUUCCUUCCUUUCCUUCCUCCUCCUUCUCUAGCAAAUUGCCCUCCUGUGAACGUCUUGACUACCGGCUUGCCGCUGUUCCUCCGCAACAGAUGUCUGCGAGCUAGCCAACCGUGCGGAGGACUCCCCUCUGGCCACCUCCACCUGCAGCCAUGAACGGUGGAUCUGGCGCGGCGUGGUCCAUCAGCGCUGAGGAGCGGGGGAAGCACGAUAAGCAGUUUGACAGCCUGGCCCCCGUCAUGGGCUAUGUCUCAGGCAAGCAAGCCCGAGGAUUCUUCCUACAGUCGGGCCUGCCUCCCUCUGUCCUGGCCCAGAUCUGGAACCUGGCCGACGCGGACGGCGACGGCAAAAUGGAUCGGCAGGAGUUCUCCGUGGCUAUGAAGCUCAUUAAGAUGAAGCUGCAGGGGCGGAGUUUACCCGCCACGCUGCCGAUGGGCAUGAAGCAGCCUCCUCCCGCCAAUGUCGGACCUUCGUCUGCACGAUUUGGGAUGGGCUCUUUGCCAAACCUGUCGUUCGGCAUGCCGUCGUCCAUGUCCAUCCUAACCCCCAUCCCCGCUAACCCCGUCGUGCCAGCGGCCAGGCCCGCCAUGAUGCUGCCUGUCGUCGCCCCGCUGGGAAAUGCCUACUUUCCUAACUACCGCCUGCAGCUCCCUGGCCCCGUGCUUCCCGUCGCCGCAGGCCUUCCUCUGUCAGGUUUUUCCUCCCCGCUGACAUUUUCUCCGCCCGGCAGCGGCGGCGUGUCUCAAGCCAACUCCCUCGUGGACCUUGGCUCCAGCAGCUCCAAUUCGUCCUCCACCACAUCUCUAGCUAGCAACUCGCCCAAAAUGGCGGCGGGGGGCUCCAACGACUGGGCCGUGCCCCAAGCGUCCAGACUCAAGUACCGGCAGCAGUUCAACACGCUGGAUAAGCUCAUGAGUGGCUACUUGUCGGGAGCUCAAGUAAGGAACGCACUGAUUGCAUCCAACCUAACGCAGACUCAGUUAGCUACAAUCUGGAACCUGGCCGACGUGGACAAGGACGGCCAGCUGCGGGCCGACGAGUUCAUACUGGCCAUGCAUCUGGUGGACACGGCCAAGACGGGCCGCCCGCUCCCGCUGAGCUUGCCCCAAGACCUCGUACCGCCUCAAAUGAGAGGAGGCGGCAAGUGCAAUGAGCUCGUCAAUGGAGGAGGACCUUAUGGAAGCUCUUCUUUGUUGGACACGCUGGAGAUAGAACCUAUCCUGAAGAACAAAAGCAGUGUGUCCUACGAGGACAAACUGAAGGAAAACUUUGCGCGAGGAAGUGCCGAACUGGAGAAGCGGAGGCAAGCCCUGGAGGAGCAGCAGAGAAAGGAGCGAGAGCGCCGAGCGCGCCAAGAGCGGGAGGACAGGGAGCGGCGCGAGAGAGAGGCCCGCGAAGCCGAGCAGCGCCGCCGGCUGGAAGAGGAACGUCGCCGGGAGCUGGAGCGCCAACGUGAAGAAGAGAGACGCAAGGAGACGGAGAGGAUGGAGGCCGCCAAGCAAGAGCUGGAGCGCCAGCGUCGGGAGCAGUGGGAGCGGGAACGCAGGGAGGAGCUGAGCGGUACCCGCGAGGCCGAGCGCCGAGAACUCGCUCGCCUCCGGGCCAAGAAGAAGAGUCUGGAGUUGGAGCUGGAAGCCGCGGGCGACCGCCACAAGCAGAUCUCGGACCGUCUACGCGAUGCGCAAAGCAAGAGACGACUCCGGAAGGCCGAGGUGGAACUGGUCAAUCAGAAGAGAGAUGCGCGCAACGUGGAGAUCGACGCGCUUCAGCUUCAGUUGGAGGACUGGCAGAGCAAGCUCUCCUUGCUGCUUCCUGAGCAACAGAAACUAACCGAGAAACUAAGGAACAUGAAGCUGGAGAAAAUUUUACCCCUCCUACCUGUAACGCAAAGCUCCCCUGCAGCGGUGACAUUGGCCUCCCUGAGCGCCGCAGUGACCGAUAAAGGUGUCACCUGCCGCAAGCUAAAGGAGCAACUGGACGCCCUGCAGAAGGAAAGCACGGACAAGCUGACGCAGAUGGAACAAUAUAACAAAGAACUUAAGCUGGAGGACAUGGACGACUGUCUCCUGCGUGCGCUUUUGUCCCUGCUGGCCUGUCUCAGCCAACUCUUUCUCCUCCUCAAGGAGCUGAGAGAGAAGCAGGCCAGGCAACAGUCCGUCCUAGACGACUUGCGGCGCGUCAAGGAGGAGAAACAGCGUGAGUUGAAGAGACGCAAGGAGGAAGAAGAGGAGCGGCAAAGGAGGAACAGAAUCCAGGAGGAGGAGAGGCGCAGGAAGGAGGAAGAGGAGGAACGGGAGAGACGGAGGAAGGAGGAAGAGGAGGAGCGGGAGAGACGGAGGCAAGAGGAAGAGGAGAGGGAGAGAUGGAGAAAAGAAGAAGAGGAGAGGGAGAGACUGAGGAAGGAGGAAGAGGAGGCCAGACGGGCAAAAUUGGAGCAGGAGAGGAAGGCGAGGGAGGAGGAAGAGAAGAAAAAGAAAGCGGACGAGAAGAAAAUGACAGAGGCAGUGGAGGCCAGCAUUUACAAAGCGCUAUACUCCUUCUCAGCUCGCAACAAGGACGAACUGAGCAUCGACGCCGACUGUCUAAUUGAGGUGGACGAGCGGACGCUGGGAGAGCCGGGCUGGCUGUGCGGGAGUUACCGUGGAAACAAGGGCUGGUUCCCUCACAGUUAUGCCGAGAAGUUGACGGAAAGCACCACGCCGACGUCGGGACCGGCUUCCGGUCCUCCGUUGCUCCCCGUCGUAGUAGUCCCUGAUGGAGAAAGAACAGGCGAUAGUGGACAGUCAGACGCAUUGCAGUUUCCAAUUUUGACGCAGGAUACCAGCGGCACUUCCUCCGAAAACCACCUCAACCCCACGUUUUGUGAUGAAACGGAGGCGCCGGAUGGAGGCGAAGGCGUUCGACUGGAAGAGUAUGUGGCGCUGUAUACCUAUGAGAGCCCGGAAGCGGGCGACCUCACCUUUGAGGAGGGCGACGUGGUGGUGGUGACGGAGCAGGAAGGCGAAUGGUGGCGGGGGUGCAUCGGCGACCAAAUCGGCGUUUUCCCUUCCAACUAUGUGCGGCCUGUGGAGCCAGAGGAGUCCAAACCCGGCGGGCCCAACAAGAAGCCUGCAGAGAUCGCUCAGGCCGUUGCGCCUUCUGCCGCUGCCAUACAUCGCCUGUGUUUGUCUCCCGGGCAGCUCAUUGUGGUUUUGGCCAAGAACUCAUCCGGGUGGUGGCUCGGAGAACUGCGGGCUCGGGGAAAGAAACGUCAGAGGGGCUGGGUUCUGUCUUCGCACGUCAAGCUGCUCGGACCCUCCGGCAAUAAGUCGUCACCGUCGCCUUUGCCAGUGUGCCAAGUGAUCGCCAUGUACAACUACACGGCGGCCAAUCCCGACGAGCUGAGCUUCUCCAAAGGCCAGCUCAUAAACGUCUUGGAUAAAACCAACCCGGAUUGGUGGAAAGGGGAGGCCGACGGCGCCACCGGUCUGCUGCCCACCAACUACGUCAAAAUGACCACCGAGUCCGACCCCAGUCAGCAAUGGUGCGCGGACCUGAUGACCCUGGAGACCAUGAGCCCACAGGAGAGGAAGCGGCAGGGUUACAUCCACGAGCUCAUCCAUACCGAGGAGACCUACGUGGACGACCUGGAGCUAGUGCUGGAGGUGUUCUACAAGCCAAUGUCAGAAUCGGGCCGACUAACAGAAGCGGAGAUGGGUGUCAUAUUCGUCAACUGGCGGGAGCUCAUUAUGUGUAACAGCAAACUGCUCAAGGCUCUGCGCGUGCGCAAGAAGAUGGGCGGCGACAACAUGCCGGUGCAGCUGAUCGGAGAGCUACUGGCGUCGGAGCUGACGCGCAUGCAGCCUUACGUCCGAUUCUGCUCCUGCCAGCUCAACGCUGCCGCCCUGCUGCAGAGCAAAAUGCAUGACCAGCCAGACUUCAAGGACUUCCUCAAGAAGAUUGCCACUAACUACCGCUGCAGAGGAAUGCCUCUAUCCAGCUUCCUCCUCAAGCCCAUGCAGAGAAUCACACGCUACCCUCUGCUCAUCAAAAACAUCCUGGAGCACACGCCCGAGCACCAGGCGGACCACUCGCCCCUGAGGGACGCUCUGGAGCGGGCCGAGGAGCUCUGCUCGCAGGUCAACGAGGGCGUCAGGGAGAAAGAGAACUCGGAUCGUUUAGAGUGGAUCCAGAGCCACGUGCAGUGCGACGGCGCCAUCGAGCACUUAGUGUUCAACUCGCUGACUAACUGCCUGGGGCCACGCAAGCUGCUCCACAGCGGCCGUCUGCACAAGACCAAAAGCAGCCGGGAAUUGUGGGCUUUUCUUUUUAACGACUUCCUGCUCCUGACGCAGAGCACCAAAUCUUUGUCCUCCUCCGAUAAGCUCUUCGGUCCUAAGAGCGGCAUUCAGUUCAAGAUGUACAAGACGCCGCUAUUCCUCAAUGAAGUUUUGGUGAAAAUGCCGCCGGACCCGUCGAGCGACGAGCCGCUCUUCCUAGUCUCACACAUCGACCGCGUUUACUCGCUCAGGACGGACACCUUGAAUGAAAGGGCAGCGUGGGUGCAAAAAAUCAAAGCGGCCUCGGAGCUCUUCAUCGAGACUGAGAAGAAAAAACGUGAGAAGGCCUAUCAAGCUCGUUCGCUGAAGACCGGCGGCAUCGGCAGGCUACUGGUGACCGUCUCGGAAGCCCAGGAGCUUAAAGCCUGCAAGCCCAAUGGAAAGAGCAACCCUUACUGCGAGCUGACCAUGGGGGCACAGUGCUACACGUCCCGAUCGAUUAGCAACACACUGAACCCCAAGUGGAAUUUCAACUGCCAGUUUUUCGUCAAAGACCUCUACCAGGACGUCCUGUGCAUCACCGUCUUUGAGAAGGACCAGUUUUCACCAGACGACUUCCUGGGCCGCACCGAAGUUCCCGUGGCGACCAUCAAAAAGGAAAUGGAAAGCAAAGGCGCCGCCAGUCGCCGCUUGUUGCUCCACGAAGUUCCCACAGGAGAAGUCUGGGUCAAGCUGGACCUGCAGCUCUAUGAGACACCACUCAAAUGAAACACCACUUGACAACUCAUCACCUUAUCUUAUCUUCCACUCAAAAGCUUUGCUUGAUCUCAAAUCCAUAGCCCUUUAGGACCUCAAAAGAUACAUACUAGCGACCAAGUCCUGGAAAAUGACUAGCGUGGCAGCUCAUAACUCAGACAGCACAUAUGUAAGAAAAUCGACAUGUUUAAUGAAUAAAUUGUACAUACUGUACAGUUCUGUCCAUUGUACUCAAAGUCCUCUUUUCUUGGGGCUUCAUUACUCACCACCGGUGAGGAUGAUAAAAUGGACUUCAAGGUAAUCAUCAGGAGAACCCACAGCCCUCGUGAUGGCACGUCCCAUCCCGGGUGGCGUACUUGCGGAGAAAGUACGGUACGUCUAGGCUGUACGCACAUAAGGUUCAAGUCAGUUCAGUUGUUCAUUUAAAAUGAGCCUAAAAAAACUGCAUUUUCCCUUUAUAAGUGUAUUUUAACCCAGGGGUAUCAAACUCAAUUUAUCAGGGCGGCUAGAAAUAGAGUCUGGGUGCAACAAGGGAACUGCUAUAUUUUCCGCACUAUAAGGCGCGCCACAUUAUAAAUUGCAGCUUUAAUGAAUGGCCUAUUUUAAAACUUUUUUUAUAUUACAGGCGCACUGCAUUAUAAGGCACAUAGAAUAAACGGUGUCGUAAAUCGUCUUAUUUCGAGCAUGCCGUCAGAUGCAGAAACAAUUGGCGAGUCAAAUUUUACGUCGGAUGUCGAAAGAUCGUGUGUCGAAGGAAUCAUAUGUCGAGGUACCGCUGUACAAUACUUUUGGACUUUUUGGAUCGUUAUUUAGGGGUACUUAAAGGGUUAAUUCCAAUUUACGCGGAAAUUCGGUUUACGUCGUCAUCGUAGGAACAGAACUCUUUCGUAACCCGGGCACAACCUGUGAUUAGAAUUGAGACAUUUUGGGUCAUACCAGGGGUCGCGUUAACCGAAUAUUUUCCGUCGUUGACCGGUUUUUUAAAACGGUGACGGAAAAAACUGAAGUCCAUCUGUCAUUUUGACAGGUUGCAAUUCACACCCCAGACCACAGGGUGGCGAGUGAGCAUAUUAAUUAGCUAUUGUCUCUCUUGAUGCAUGACGUCGUUUGCCUUACUCGGAAAAAUGUCAAGGCAACUGAGUGUCCGAAGUUUCUUCAAAAAAGCCCCAACACGACGAUAGUGUUGAUAAAAGAGGUGAAAAAAGAGGGACUGAUGCAGUGAAGGAUGACAACGAAUCAAGUGAAUCGCCGGUUCACUCCUCACUGCGGCGAGCAGUUGAAAACGCCGCCAAUUACCAAGAAGUGCAGAAUUGGUAACACGGUGAAAGCGGCAUAAAGCCAAAAAGCGGACCAGACUAGCCAGAGCCUGAAAUUAUUUCAAGGAAAAUAUGGAGCACUGUGUGUACUCUUUUUGCUAAGCUGAGCUCGCAUACCACGGUAGCACGUCGGCUAUGAACGAACAUAUUUCGUAUUUCGGAAGACAACAGGAAACAACAAACCAGCGGAUUGUAAGUCCAUACAACUUUUUAACGAUUUUUUUAAAAAUGGAAGUUUCCAGUAUGUGCGUCGUAUCAACGUGCAUUUUUAUUUAAUAAUAAUAAUUUAAAAAAUUAAAAAAUAAAUAAAUAUAUAUAUAUAUAUAUAUAUAUAAAAUGGAAUUAUAUAAUAUGUUAUUAUUAUUAAAUGUAUUAGGAUCAUGGAAGGUCCCACUUGGGGGGGGUAUAUAUAU